UCUCAUCAUGACAUCAGUCAACAUAUAGUUUGUGAAAUAACAUAUUAAAAAUCCUUAUUUUACCCUGGCAUUUGAUUCCAUAUAAUUCGUACUGAGGUGGGUAAAAACGAUACUACCCUUAUACGUUUAUUAGUGUUUUUUUUUACCGAAGCGGGACUCCGUUAAGAGAUGAUUUCUUAUGUUUACCCUAGCUCGUGUAAAGCCGCCCAGAUUCCAAUGCUCAGCCGACUCACGCCGACCAAACCAGGCACAAGAAGGGCGCCUGCCCGGGAAGCAGUGUUUAGAGACCGACAUCACCGCCGGCUCGACUCGGGGACGAUUCGGAGGGGUGGCAAAAGAGGAUGGUUGGUCUGGAGGGUUCUGCAUUAUUAGAUGAAGAAAGGAUGGACCGCCACGGGUUGAGUGAUACUGGAGGGCUUUCUUGUGUGGGUGGCGUAUCGUUGCUCGCACCGGGAACUGCCUUCUCUACUGAUUUUAGUAUUCUUCAGGAGCUCCGCACAGAGAAGUUAUUUCGAGAAUAUUUGGAGUACCGUGAGGAUUCAUUCAAGUGGGCGGCAGAAGAACUGGUUGCAGCAUGCAAUUCACCUGUUGAUUUGUUUCUCCAGACUGUGCCUGAUGAGAGGCUUUUUCAAGAGCACCUUUUCAAUUUUGUGUCGUUACGUGAACAGUAUUCUGUGGUUGUUGAUGAUGCUGAUGGAAGUAAAGAAAGUUUGGCUGAUGAUGGAUCACCACGUUUCUCGACUGAGGCUGAGAUCAAACUCAUCCGCCGUAAGAAUGUAUGUGUUUGCAGCAGAAUUUUGUUCCUUUUGCACCUGCUUGUUGCCUGCUGGGUGCUUGCGAUGUAUAAUUGUCUGUUGCUAUCACUACAUUAAAUAUGUUGUCACGAUUAUAUGAAGUCGGCACAAAUAUGUGGCAUGCUUCUUGAACCUGUACAUAUAACAUACAUGUGAGGGCCCUGCCUAAACUUCUAAUUUCUGGCGUCAUGAUAUUUAUUUGCAAAUCUAUGUGAGCAUACGUGCUAAGCACUCAUCUUAAUGCAUGAUUGGUAAUAACUGUUUCGAUUAUUAACUCUCUCUCUCUCUCUCUCUCUCUCUCCCUGGUGUAUUUAUGAUUUACAAAUAAUUACUCUUAAACUUGAUGUUCGCAUAAAAUUCUAACUGACCAUGAAGCCACAUGGAUUUGUAUCAUUAUCCACAUAGUCGGCAGGCGGAUAACUCCAUCUCCUAUAGUGGAUUGCCUGUGGCACAUGCAUGCGCGUACAAAUAGACAACCUGUCCACUGAAUCCCCCCGAAGUGAAGGUGGUUCAAUGUUAGAGUACGCAAUGGGCCUAAUGGCCUGGGCUGGCGGUAUAGCCCGUUAGUCUUAGGGUUAAUUAGAGAUAAGGGUCGCUUGCUUAGAGGUCAAGUAAGCCUUGCUUGGGAGUCAAGUAAACCUCUCUAUAUAAAGAGAGGAGAUGUAUCAAUCUAAUCAAGCAAGAAUUAAGAAGGAAAUCCCUUCCCUCUUGCCCGGCCGUGGGCAAAAAGGCCCCCGGCCGGCCCUCUCGCGCCCUCCUUCUAGCAGCCACAUAGCAAUUUGGUAUCAGCUAGCUUCGGUUCGAUCAUGUCUUCACCGCCGCCCAACCCGUCUCUUCCGCUGCCGGGAUCCUCCGUCGCGCCCGCCCCCGCCGUCCUCACCCCGGAGGAGGUGUCCGGGGCUCUGCGGGACCUAACCCAGGCGGUCCAGGAGAUCCGCUUGUUCUUGGCCGGGUCCUACAGGCCGCACCCGGCUGCGCCGCCCAUCGCCGCCACCGCGCCGCCGUGGCUACCGUGGCAGCCGCUGCACCAGGCGGCCUCUGCCGCGCUCCCCGGGCCGCUGCAACUGCCAUCCACCGCCCCGCCCUGGCUGCAGUGGCAGCCGCCACUCCUGGCGGCCUCCGCCGUGCCCGGCGCUCCGCCGCAGCAGCCGCUGCCGCUGCCCCAGGGCGUCCCCGCCGCGCUCGCCGGGCCGCCGCAGCUGCCAUCCACCGCCACCACCGCCCCGCCCUGGCUACAGUGGCAGCCGCCGCUCCUGGCGGCCUCCGCCACACCUGGCGCUCCGCUGCAGCAGCCACCGCCGGUCAGCUCCGGCCCCGCAUCGACCGCGCCGGUGGGAGUCUCGAUCCACCAGAUCAAGUUCCCGCCGUCGCCAUUACCGCUUCCCCAGGGCGUCCCCAUCCAGCAGAUCAAGUUCCCGCCGUCGCCGUCACCGCUUCCGGCUUGGAUCACUACACGCCACAUGUCGGCGGCGGUGAGGCUGCAGGCUGCUGCGCGCGGCCUCCUAGCGCGUCGCCGUGUGCGGGAGAUGCGUGGUCUGCAGCUGCUGCUCCUCCCAGCUCUGCGCAAAGGACCUUGAUCUCGUCCGCUGCGUCGGGGGUCUUGGGCAUGCUGUUUUCCCCGCGGGCAGCGACCUCAAAGUCUGUGACAUCGGCGGUUGGGGGGGCGCACCCCUCCUCGUCAUUCUCCAUCGCAAGCCCUCCACUCUUCUCUGUGCGGUGCAGACCAACAGUCGUCCGGCGGGGAGAAGGCAGGGUGUCACCGACAGGAGCGCACCGCGUAGCACCACUGCAUUCCGCCGGCCGUUGCGAGGGCGCCUCUACUGGUCGCUCUUGCGACCACUUCCAGGUGGCCAUACACAUGCACUCCUUUUGUCAAGAUGGUGUCCAUGGGAUCCAGGUGGCUGUACACGUGCACGUCCGACGUGCGGAUGGUGUCCACUUUUUGUUAAGGGGUCCAAAAUAAAUCGUCCCAAUCCAUUUCAGGUUGAGAGUAAUAAAACAAGCCGAGAUGUAAAAGGCUUGUUUUUAGGUGUUAGGUUUGUGUUGCGUCGAGUCAUGGUUAUAAGUUGGUUAGGCUGCAGCUCGAGGACAAGCUGCAUGUCCAGGUGGGGUGUAGUGUUAGAGUACGUAAUGGGCCUAAUGGCCUGGGCUGGCGGUAUAGCCCGUCAGUCUUAGGGUUGAUUAGAGAUAAGGGUCGCUUGCUUAGGGGUCAAGUAAGCCUUGCUUGGGAGUCAAGUAAACCUCUCUAUAUAAAGAGAGGAGAUGUAUCAAUCUAAUCAAGCAAGAAUUAAGAAGGAAA